UGCCCAGCGGAGCUCCCAGAUUGAAGCUGGCCGUGCGGGAGGCGGCAGGGCAGGGCAGCGCCCCUGGUUUCGACGUGAGUCGUUGGGGGGAAAGCAGCGGCGGGUCCCGGCAGAGGAAGACGGGCCGGGGCUCCAAGCCCCAAGGCGGAGAGGCUGCUGGCAGUGCCCAGCCCAGCCAUGCAAUACCACCAGCCGUCGGGCUCGGGCUCUCUGCCCCCUCUCUACGCGCCCACCCCGCUGCUGCAGCCCGCGCACCCCACGCCCUUCUACAUCGAGGACAUCCUGGGCAGGGGUCCCCCGGGGCCGCCCCCGCCGCCCCCGCCUCCCACUCUGCCCUCGCCCAACUCCUCCUUCACCAGCCUGGUGGCUUCCUACCGGACGCCCAUCUACGAGCCCACGCCGAUCCACCCGGCCUUCUCGCACCCGCUGGCCGCCGCCGCUGCCGCUGCAGCCACCUACGGGAGCGGACCCUACGGCCCGGCCGCCGGGACGCCCCUCUACCCGUUUCCCCGCGCCGUCGGCGAUUACUCCCACGCGCUCCUCCGCCACGACCCCCUGGGGAAGCCGCUGCUGUGGAGCCCCUUCAUGCAGAGGCCGCUACACAAGCGGAAAGGAGGCCAAGUGCGCUUCUCCAACGACCAAACCAUCGAGCUGGAGAAGAAGUUCGAGACCCAGAAAUACCUCUCCCCGCCCGAAAGGAAGCGCCUGGCCAAAGUGCUACAGCUCAGCGAGAGGCAGGUUAAAACAUGGUUCCAAAAUCGGCGGGCAAAAUGGAGACGAUUAAAGCAGGAGACCCCUCAGCCCAACAAAAAAGAAUCAGAAAGUGGAGAAAGUCUUCAGACUUCCAAACAAGAAAAUUGCUUGAGUCCUCCUGAGAUGGAUAAAGGAGUGUCUCCACAUAGGCCACCAUAUACUCCUUCACCUGUCUCCCAAGAAGAGUUGGAUUCGGACAUCUCAGAUGAUUCAGAUCAAGAGGUGGACAUUGAGGGAGACAAAGGCUAUUUCAACGGUCCCCAUCUGUAGUACCUGAAGAUGGACUUUCCCUCUAUUUGCACUUUAAGAGGAACUGGCUUAACAAAAAACAAUCAGUGCUAUAGAAAGAGGGAGGGGACUCUCUUCUCUUUCAGUUGGAUGGAGAAAGAGCGAAGGAAUAACAAACUCUGUAAAUAAUUGUCAUUGUGUUUGUCGAGACAAUCCGUUUGAUAAAGGAGUAGAUCUUUUCAUGACUGGAAGGGAAUCCUGUAUUUGCGUUCCCCUAUUUGUCCUGGGAUUGAUUUUGUAUCCUCGCCCAGAAUGCUGCCUUCUCCUCCAUGAAUUUAAACAUGAAGAUCCUUAGACUACGCCGGGGGGGGGGGGGGGGGGGGGAGGGGGGGGAGAACAAUCACAACAGGGAACAACGCGAAAAAAGGAAUUUUCUGAUGUUCUCAAGGAAACUUUUAGUCUGUGGGAUGCAUUCUUUGGCAGGGAUCUCACAAAUGUAAUAGUAUGCAGAAUGAAAUUGGAGUUUUGCAUGGGUCACGAGAGUAUCCUUCAUGAAAGUACAUAUUC